CACCGUUUUAAGGACUGAAUGAUCCAGUUCGUCGCAACUGCAUUUUCUCCUUUCCAGGAGGUGGAGGCUAAGAAUUGCCACAGAGAAGCCCCGACAUUUGCCAAACGCUUACUGCUGCGCUCAAAAAUUUCCUGUGGGUGAUGACCUCCCCACGAGAACAUGCCUCUCGCAAAAAAAUCUCCUUCAUCCCUCUCCAGAAGAGAAGAGGAAACACAAGAAGUGGUUCCUGGUGCAGAGCCCCAAUUCCUAUUUCAUGGAUGUGAAGUGCCCAGGAUGCUAUAAAAUCACCACAGUUUUUAACCAUGCACAAAGAAUAGUUUUUUGUGUUGAUUGCUCCACUGUUCUCUGCCAGCCUACAGGAAGAAAAGCAAGACUUACAGAAGGAUGUUCCUUCAGGAAGAAACAGCACAAAAAGCAGCCUGAAUCAAGAUGAGUGGGAAAACAUACCAAUAAACAUGUUUUAGAUAUUAAAAAAAAGAGAAAAAAAGAAAUCACAUGCUUGGGCCUCAUAUCCUAUCUGUUGAAUAAGAAAUGCAAGAUAAGACUGGACAUUUCUCUGUUCAGCCUCUGUAAUAUCUUUCUAUAGCACUGGUUAGAGUGUAUCAGAAUCACAGUGAGGACCUUUUAAAAUAUAUCACAAAACAAGAAAGGGAAACAAAAGAGAAAGGUUAGUCUCCGAAGGACAUAAAUGCCAUGAGUCCAUUAUGCUGCUGAAGUUCUCACUCACUGUGUCCAGUUACACAGGCUCUAGCUCAUAUCUCCUGAAUCUUUUCUCUCUCCUACAUCCUCCCUCUUUAGUCUCUCAUCAUCUUUCAUCUUUAGCUUAGCUAUUGCUGAUCCAUUUCCAGUCUCACACGAUUCCUAUCCAUUUCUCUUGUUGCCUCCAUUUAUAAAACAAUCUUGGCAUCGCUUUUCCCUGAAAAAAAUCUAUCAAUCACCUCUUAGUUCCUAUAAAUUUCAAACUUAGAGACUCAACUUCCACCCACUUUUUCAAUAAUCUGAACUCUUAUCUUUCCCCACUACUCUUUUUUUCCAACUACACUGAACUAUUCCUUCUUCCUCAAGUAUUCCAGGCACUGGCAUGCCUCAGAGCCAUUGUACAUGUAAAUUCCUCUGCUUGGAAUGAUUUCAACCAUUGGGUCAACAUCAACUACUACCUGAUCAGCUUCUACUCAUCCAUCUAAGCUCUGGCCAAGAAUCCCUCCUCUGUGAAACUCCUCUUGAUCCCCUGGACUAAACUUUCCUAUUUGGUAUUUCCUUGAGCUCUACACUGGUCUUGUUCAUAGAACUUGCCAUGGUGCUCCCUAAUUGUUUGUAUCUUUUUCUUCCUACUAUAAUGUGAGCAUCUGGAGAGAAGGUAACCAUGUCUUGCUCAUCUUCCCACAUCAUCCUCUAUUUUCUCUCACUGCUACUGUCUCUGGUGCACAAUGUUUAUGGAAAGGAAAAACGAAAUAGCACAUUUUUUUAACAAGUUACUGACCAUUUGAGGACAAUGUCUGGAUUAGAAGAUUUUAGGGAGGAUCACAUGAGAAUAUCCAGUACAUUUUCACACAAAACAGCCAUAAUAGUACAUUGCCUUAUGUAGAAAAGUGUUAGGCAAACACGUGAUUCCUAUUCCAGGUUUUAACAGUGUAAUAUGGGAGAUAUGACAAUGCAUAAGAGGUAAAUAACAACAGGUGACUACCAAUUUUGCCAGAGGGGCAGGAACAUAUAGAGAAAAGGAGGCAGAAACAUUAAAGGAAGUAUGUAGAAACAUUAUCUGGAGGAUGAUAGACACAGGUCAAAACCUUUUUUAUAUAUAUAUUUAGUUAUACAUGGAUAAAAUAUCCUUAUUUUAUUUGUCUAUUUUUUUAAUGUGCUGCUGAGGAUUGAACCCAGUGCCUCACACAUGCUAGGCAAGUGCUCUAUCACUGAGCAACAACCCUAGCCCCCAAAACUUUUACUUAUACAUAAUAAAAAGACAUGUUUGAGCAGAUGGAAGAGGAAGGUGGAUAUACAGAAAAAAGAUAUGGCUAAGUACUGAGACUGCAUGCAGCCUUGAAGAUUGCAUGAUUUUAACUGCCACUUACAACUAUGCAACUUUGGAUAAGUUACUCCUCAGUGACUCCACUUACUUCUCUGUUCAGUAGGGAUGGUAAUUGUUAUUUCAUAGGACAUUUGAAGAUAUUUAAAUAGAAAAACUUGAAAAUAUACACAAUGUGCCUGGUACAUGGAAGCAUUAAACGUGUACUAAUUUAUAUUCUCAUUAUUCUGUAAGGAGAUUAAUCAGAAGAUUAAUCAGAAGGCUUCAUCUUCUUAAUCAGAAGAUUAAGCCUAUUAAAGAUGGGUGCUCAGGAACUGAAAUGCAAGACACUAGGGGCAGAGAACUUGUUAGAAGGUUGUGACAGUCACAACUAUGAGAAUACAGAAACAAAUGGGGAGCAGGUGAAGGUAAACCUAUCUGCUUUGGUAACUGACCAGAGGAAAGCACCUGUGAUAGGAAAAGGAGAAGACAAUGGCCAGGGUGUUACUACCUGGGAGACUGGCAGAACCAUAGAAAUACACUAGAAACCUAGAGAGGAGCUUGUUUUGGAUAGGCAGAGAUGUGGUGUGAAUUUCAGCAGGGUCUUUAAAUUUGUGACUGAAGCCAGGAGGAUAUAUAGCCAAUACCCCAAACUGUAUUUGAAACCUUUUAAGUUUAACCUCUUAAACAGUUUGAGGUAUUGGCUAGUGAACAUAGUUGAGAGUUCUCUAAGUAGACAGUCUAGAAGUGUAUUAUCUUUGAGUAUAUUUACCUAAUUAAUGAGCCAAAUAAUUAAACCAGUUCUUCUGUCCUGACCCAGGAGGAGGGAAUACUAUUCAAAAUGAGACCUAUUAGAAGUAAGAGCCUAGAUGCCCUGCAUCCCUCACCUCCCUGUAGGCAUCAGUUUAUAUCUACUUCACAUCUCUUAUCCUCUGUGGUAUAGAAUUUUCUACAGUCUUAUCUCAAACCUGAAUUUGUCCAGUGGACUGGACAAAGAUGCUUUACUGAGAGAAAUGCUAUGCUUGCUCAGCAGAGACCCUCUACUUAGUGGCCUUUCUGAGAAAGAAGAAAACUAAUCUCCUUAAUUGUCAUAACAGAAUAUUCUAUUUGUUGCUCAAAUAGAUGUUUAUUUCCCUUCAACCAAUGCAGCAGUUACUUUAAACAACAGGGCAGAACCCUCUAUCUUAUGACUUCAACUGGUGUUUUGCAAAGGGAAACCAAUAAAAUGUCUAGUUGCCAGGU